AUGGCAUCACUCGAUAUGGAUGCUUCGGCAGCGGCCGCGAGUCUCGACAGCUUGCACAGCGCCCUCUCCAAGAUCCGCCACCACACCAACUCCAAGCUCGAAAACCAAAAGGGUCCGGCUCAGCUUCUCGUCGCUGUGGAAGCUACCCUCGGCGAGCAGGACUCCUCCAACGGCUCCACCUCCGCAUCUGGUGCAGGAGCCUCCAAGCAUGCCUUUGUCCAGCGAGCGCCUGCGGAAUACUUUCUCGCUCUCGAGUCGAUGCUUGAGCUCGCCAGAUCGCCCUCGUCGCCUCCCUCGCUUCUCAACAACGUCUUCUAUCUUCUCUCCAUCGUAGCGCCUCAUGUCUCUGCAGGCAUCAUCCGUGCGAAGCUCGCGUCGAUCGUGCCCGCACUCGGCAAGCUCCUCAGCAACCCACACCCAACCACCUUCAAUGUCAACGACGCCUCGGCUGCGGAAAAUUACGCUUCGGCACUCAAGUCGGCCCUCGCCAUCCUCCAAGCCAUCUAUACUGCCUUUGAAAGCGACGUAGCCACGCUCGAAAAAGACGGGCCAUUGCGGUCGUGUUGGUCGGCGACACUCAACCUCUGCGCAGACACUCGCCCAAAGGUCCGAAGACGGGCGCAGCUUCUCGUCACCUCCAUCCUCCCCACUACAGCAGCCGCCUCCGUUAAGCCAUACCAUCCCUACCUCAAGCUCACUUUUGACUGGAUCAUUUCGAGUUUGACCCAUGUCGCUGACGCUGGCUCUGUCUCGGCCUCCUCUUCCAAGGACAACAAGUCGAACAAGAAGAAUAAGAAGGCGCCAUUGCAUUCCAAGAAGAAGGAGGACGCAUUGCACGCCAAAUACGACAAGAAGUCGGGCACGGCCAAGCAAGCACCAGCAGCAGCCGCUCUCCGACAAAACCAAGGCGACACCGCCUCUGUCGGUAUCUGGGUCUGUGGCUUUGCCAAGCAGACGAUCAACCUUCUGCCCAUUGCGCAGGUGGACGACCUCGUUGCUGCUCUCCUCCGCUUGCCAGGUCUGCAAAAUCCUUUCCUUACUGUGGCCGCCUUUGAUGUGUUCGAAGCCUUCCUCAAGACAUGUCGACCCAGCAUCUCGUCGGGCGUUGCGCAGGCAGAUGCUCUUCUCAUCCAGUCUCACGUCACUUCGACUUUCAGCAGCAUCGGCGAAAAGACGCUUUCUAGCCUCUUGGAAUCGCUCCGAUCUCCGGCAUUUGUUCCUUCCACCUCCGACGUGCAACUCCUUCCUGCCUACCUGCGAGCUCUCGAACACGCCAUGUCCGCCUUCUCGCGUUUCGAGAACGGCGCGCUAGCGUGGCGUCUGGCUCCCGAGGUCUGGUCCGACGUCUUUGAGAUAUCCAUGUCCGCCAAGUCGGAUGCUUCGCGUACCGCCCCUGCCGUUCGCGCUGCUGGUCGCGACACCUUGAUCGCGCUCCUCCGCUACUGUGUCCCUGACGCAGCCGUCGCCAACUCGAUCAAGGCCUCUUUCUCCAAGAAGAAGGCCGGCGCCGCUCCGCUGCUCGACAUGAUUCAGUCGAUCGAGGAUGCUCUCGGCAAGGACUCGCUCCAGUACAUGCACUCACGUGCAGAGAUCCUCUCCGUGCUCGCUUCGCUCAUUGCGCGAUUGCGUUACCACUACGUACCCAACACGCAGCCACCGCACCCAGCUGCUGCCUCGCUCACCAUGCACAUCGUCCAGACCAUCGCCGAGCUGCGCCAGGAGCCUACUUUCGAGCACCGCGAGUAUGCCGACACUGUCAUUGGUGCGGCUGUCGAGGUCUGCGGUCCGCGUCUGCUCCUCGAAGCCCUGCCUCUCAACCUUUUUGGCGAGGCAGAAGGGCCUGGACGCGCGUGGCUGCUUCCCCUCAUCCGUACCAAGAUCAACAACACCGAGCUCAGCCACUUCACAGGCGAUCUCGUGUCGCUCUCGGAGAAGAUCUUCAACAAGCGACAGGAAGCCGAGAGCGAUGGCCGUCCCGUCGAGGCAAAGAUGUACGAGGCGCUCACCGAGCAGAUCUGGGCGCUGUUCCCUGCCUACUGCGCCAUGCCGCGCGACCUCGUCGCUGCGUUCACACGUCAGUUUGCAGAGCUGCUCACCAACGUCCUCUACACGCAGCCCAACCUGCGCCCCUCGAUCUGCCGAGGUCUUCAGGCGCUCGUCUACCGCAACGAAGCGCUCGUGUCUUCGGGUGCUCCCUCCGACUCGCUCAAGCACGCCUUUGGACUCGACCAGGCGGACGGCAAGGCCAAUAUUGCUCACCUCUCCGCGAUCGCCCCCAACCUCCUGGCCGUGCUUUUCAACGUAUUCUCGCAGUCGCCGGGUGAAGGUCGUGGCUUUGUCUACGACACCAUCGCUGCCUACUUGCGCGUCAUGUCGCCUCAGGACGUGCUCAACACGUACAACAAAGUCAAGACGACGCUCGAGCAGGCCCUGCCCACGCUGUCCACCAAGCAAAAGCGCAAUCAGAAGGAGUCGCCCAACACACCACCUCCCGUUCCGUAUACGAUGCUCGACCUGCUCUCGGCGCUCAUCCCGCAUCUCGACAAGAGCGCGCAGGGUUCGGCCGCCGACCUCUUUACGCUCAUCUGCCAGGACAAUGUGCUGCGCUCGCACGACUCGACUGUGCAGAAGAAGAGCUACCGCAUUCUCAGCAGACUGCUCGAGGGCGAUGCGGGCAAGCAGAUCCUGUUGGUCGAGGGCAAGAGCGGCAACCGCGUCGGAGAUCUGCUCGAGAAGCUCCGCGAGUCGACCGCCAGCGUUGCACUUGGUGCCAAGCGUGAUCGUGUACUGCUGCUCGCCACACUUGUGCCCAACAUUCCGUCCGACGAGCUGCAUCACCUGCCCAGCAUCAUCCCGGAGGCGGUGCUGGCCACAAAGGAGGUCAACGCUGUGACGCGUCAGAACGCGUACGAGUUGCUCGUCCAGAUGGGCUACAAGAUGGAGCAGGGCGGUUCGAUCAACCGUGCUCUCGUGGACGGUGCUGCCGCUGCCGCCCCUGCCGCUGAGGACGAGGACGCAGACGACAGCGAGAUGGCUGACGCCGGCGUUGUCUCCGCCUCGAUCGGCGAGUACCUCACCAUGGUCGCCGCCGGGCUUGCCGGUACCACGCCUCACAUGAUCAGCGCCACCAUUACUGCACUCUCCCGACUCGUGUACGAGUUCAAAGAGACGCUCGAGCAGCCCGUCCUAGAUGAGCUGCUGAGCACCAUUGAGGUGUACCUCCAAUCUGCCAACCGCGAGAUUGUCAAAUCCGCUAUCGGCUUCGUCAAGGUGGCCAUUGUCGAGUUCAACUCGGCGCUCAUCGACGCGCACCUGCCCAAGCUCAUCCCUGCCCUGCUUGGAUGGUCCACGGAGCACAAACAGCACUUCAAAGUCAAGGUCCGCCACAUCUUUGAACGUCUGCUGCGCCGAUUCGGCUUCGAGCGCAUCUACCAGCUGACGGACGAGGACAACCGCAAGCUGAUCAACAACAUUCGCAAGCGCAAGGAGCGGGCCAAGCGCAAGCGUGCCGACGCGGCUGCUGACCGGGAAGCUGGUGUGGCUGAGGACGACGACGAGCCGGGUCUCGCGCCGAGGAUCCUCAAGACCAAGGGCGGCAACGAUGCGUUCGAGGAGGUGGUCUACGGUUCGGAGUCGGACAUUUCCGAUUCGGACGAUGACGCUGAUGACGACGGUGAGACGGACGGACGCAAGGGUGGUACUGCCGCUGCCCUGGCUCGCAACCGCAAUCGCAAGAACGGCGGCGACGCCGAAGAAAAGGGCGGCCGAAGGGAUCGCCGCCGCGCCAAGCAGCAGGACGAAGCGUACAUCGAGAUGGACGAUGACGAUGACGUGCCGAUGGAUCUGCUUGACCGCAGCGCCACUGCCCGUAUCGCCCUCAGCAACCCGAACGCCACCAAUGGCCGCAACAAGAAGCGUCAACCGGGUCAAGAAGCGAGCAAGUUCGCCCUGGAUGAGGCCACCGGGCGGAUGCUCAUUGACGACGAGGAAAACCCGUCCAGCAAGAAGCGCGUCGCCUUUGCGCCCGCCACCGACGCCCCCGUGGACGUGGACGGUGCCGGCACCGCGUACAUCAACCAAGCCCGUGGCGUCGACGGCACGACCCAGGUCCGAGGUGGAGCGAUCAAGUUUAACAAGAACAACAAACGCACGCGUGAGGCGGAGCGCGAGAUGGAGCUCGAGCAGAUGGCUGUGGAAGACGCCCAGGAUCGCGCGCGCCAGGUCCAGGGUGGUAGACCAGCCCACGCGGACAAGAAGAGACGUGGCAAGGAGACCAUCGGCAAGGAGUUCAGGGCCAAGCGCGGCGGUGGUGACGUUAUUCGGAACGGUAAGAGCCCGUACGCGUAUGUGCCGCUUAGCCAGGUCGCUGGUAAGAAGGCCAAGAACGACGAUCAUGUCUCGUACACGGGUAAGGGGGAUAAGAGUAGGAAGCGUCGUUGA